GCUCCGGCUCCAGCUCCGGUUUCAGCUCCGGCUCCCCGUCACCGCCCCUUCCCCGAGCGGGAUGAGCUCCCGGAAAGUGCUGGCCAUUCAGGCCCGAAAGCGGAGGCCGAAGAGAGAGAAACAUCUGAAAAAGCCAGAGCCGCAACAAAAAGCUCCCUCUGCACCCCCUCCACCACCACCACCUCCACCACCACCUCUACCAGAACCAGCACCACCAGAACCAGAAGAGGAAAUUCUGGGAUCUGAUGAUGAAGAGCAAGAAGACCCUGCAGAUUAUUGCAAAGGUGGCUACCAUCCAGUGAAAAUUGGAGACCUUUUCAAUGGCCGCUACCAUGUUAUUAGAAAGCUAGGAUGGGGACACUUCUCUACAGUCUGGCUAUGCUGGGAUAUGCAGGGAAAAAGAUUUGUGGCAAUGAAGGUUGUAAAAAGUGCCCAGCAUUAUACAGAGACAGCCUUGGAUGAAAUAAAAUUGCUCAAAUGUGUUCGUGAAAGUGAUCCAAGUGACCCAAACAAAGACAUGGUUGUACAGUUAAUUGAUGACUUCAAAAUUUCAGGCAUGAAUGGAAUACAUGUUUGUAUGGUCUUUGAAGUACUUGGCCAUCACCUCCUAAAGUGGAUAAUCAAAUCAAACUAUCAAGGUCUUCCCAUCCGUUGUGUAAAAAGUAUAAUUCGACAGGUUCUGCAGGGUUUAGAUUAUCUACACAGCAAGUGCAAGAUUAUCCAUACUGAUAUCAAGCCAGAAAACAUUUUGAUGUGUGUAGAUGACGCAUAUGUCCGUAGGAUGGCGGCAGAGGCCACAGAGUGGCAGAAAGCAGGUGCUCCUCCUCCUUCUGGCUCAGCAGUGAGUACUGCUCCACAACAAAAGCCUAUAGGAAAAAUAUCUAAAAACAAAAAGAAAAAACUGAAAAAAAAAAAACAGAAAAGGCAGGCAGAGCUGUUGGAAAAACGCCUUCAGGAAAUAGAAGAACUAGAGCAAGAAGCUGAAAGGAAAAAAAUAGAAGAAAACAUCACUUCAACUAUACCCACGAAUGAUCAGGAAGAUGACUACCACCCAGAGGUCAAACUAAAAACAGCAGGAUUAGAGGAGGCAGCUGAUGAAGAACCUGCCAAUGAUGAUGGUGAAACUGAAGAUCAAGAGGAGAAAGAAGACACAGAAAAAGAAAACACAGAAAAAGAUGAUGAUGACGUUGAACAGGAACUUGCCAACACAGACCCUACAUGGAUAGAAUCCCCCAAAACAAAUGGCCAUAUUGAAAAUGGUCCGUUCCUAUUGGAACAACAAAUAGAAGAUGAAGAAGAUGAUGAGGAAGAAUGCCCAAAUCCAGAGGAAUAUAAUCUUGAUGAGGCAAAUGCAGAAAGCGAUUAUACAUAUAGUAGCUCCUAUGAACAAUUUAAUGGUGAUUUGCCAAAUGGACGACAUAAAAUUCCUGAGUCACAGUUUUCAGAGUUUACAGCUUCAAUGUUCUCUGGGGCUUUAGAGUCUGUGGCCUGUGGCUCUGCAGUUUCAGAUGGAUCAGUUCUAACAGAGCGAGAAGAAAACAGUCCAUCUCAUGACAGGAGCAGAACAGUUUCGGCAUCCAGUACUGGGGAUUUACCAAAAACAAAAACCCGGGCUACUGACUUGUUGGUGAAUCCUCUGGAUCCAAGGAAUGCAGAUAAAAUUAGAGUUAAAAUUGCUGAUCUGGGAAAUGCUUGCUGGGUGCACAAGCACUUCACAGAAGAUAUUCAGACUCGUCAGUAUAGAUCCAUAGAAGUUUUAAUAGGAGCUGGCUACAGUACACCUGCUGAUAUUUGGAGUACGGCAUGUAUGGCAUUUGAACUUGCAACUGGAGAUUAUUUGUUUGAACCACAUUCGGGUGAAGACUAUUCCAGAGAUGAAGACCAUAUAGCACACAUCAUAGAACUUCUAGGCAGUAUCCCAAGGCACUUUGCUCUAUCUGGAAAAUAUUCUCGGGAAUUCUUCAACCGCAGAGAUCACAUAGCAUUGAUCAUUGAACUGCUGGGGAAAAUCCCUCGAAAAUACGCUAUGUUGGGGAAAUAUUCCAAGGAGUUUUUCACCAAAAAAGGAGAACUACGGCAUAUUACGAAGCUGAAGCCCUGGAGCCUCUUUGAUGUGCUUGUGGAGAAAUAUGGUUGGCCUCAUGAAGAUGCUGCACAAUUUACAGAUUUCCUGAUCCCAAUGUUAGAAAUGGUUCCAGAAAAAAGAGCUUCAGCUGGAGAAUGCCUUAGGCAUCCUUGGUUGAAUUCUUAGCAGAAUCUCCAAAUAGAACAUUCUGAGCUAGCAAAUAUUUCCCAGUACAUCGGACCUAAAUGGUGACUCUCAAAUUCUUUACCAGGAUCACAAGUGAGCUGGCUUCACCCUCAGACCUUUAUUUUGCUUUGAGGUACUGUUGUUUGACGUUUUGCUUUUUGUGCACUGUGUCCUGGGGAAGGGUAGUCUCUUCAGCUAAGUAGUUUACUGACCCACUUUCUUCUGGAAACACUUAAUACCUUGUCU